AUGACGGACCAGCCGCCUCAGCCGAGGCAAGACGACGAUGUGCAACCAAGCAGCAACGGCCAUUACGAGGCGCGCAAGGGAAACGACCUGGCCACCAAGCCGUCGGCGGAGACAGCGAAGGCCGAGACAGCGCCUAGCGAUCGCCGCAAGUCGGAUUCGCAGUUCUCAGAUGACGAUGAGGGCGAGGACAUAAGCAACGAGGAAGAAGACGAUGAUGAGGAGGAUGAUGACGGUGUUGAGGAGGACGAUGACGACGAAGACGAAGAGGAGGAGGAAGAAGAGGAGCCACGGCUGAAGUACGCGCCACUGACCCAGCAUCUGCGAGCUGUGUAUCGCAACGGCGAUGCGACAAGCGCCUUUCUCGUCGCAGGCGACAAAAUGAUCGUUGGAACGCACAACGGCAACAUUCAUGUCCUCCAGCUGCCCAUCUUCCAGCCCCUUCGAGUCUACCACGCGCACUCCGCCUCGGUCACCAGCAUAUCCAUCUCUCCAUACCCGCCGCCGCUGUCCAACGACAAGACCGACUCUGCUAUCCGACCACCCGCCUCCCAAGGACGACCGGCUUCGCGGCAAUCAGAUGCGGCAGCGUCCCCGGCCGCAGCGUCGCGUCGACCGAAAGAACCCAUACCGCUGCCAAGGAUUCCAUCCAAUGACAUAUACGUAGCAACCUCGUCAAUGGAUGGCAAUGUCUGCGUUCAGUCUCUGUUGGACCUGAAGGAUGUCCAACUACGGAACUUUGCCCGGCCGGUCCAAGCCGUGGCGCUGUCCCCCGAUUUCAAGACGGACCGUACUUAUCUCUCGGGAGGCCUUGCCGGUCAGCUCAUACUUACCGUUGGCGGAGGACCUGGCCGGAGCACGUCGACAACCACAGGGACUGCUGCGGCCACGGCGUCUGGCUGGCUGGGCAGUAUGGGGCUCAGCAGCAACAGCGGUAAAGACACAGUUCUUCACUCGGGUGAAGGGACCAUCAGCUGCAUCAAAUGGUCGCUCUCAGGAAAGUAUGUUGUCUGGCUGACGGAGCAUGGUAUCAAACUUAUGCGGUCCAAGUCUCACUUGGAGAGUGCGGACUCGGACCACGCGUGGAAACGCAUCGGCCAUUUGGACCGUCCCCAAACGGCCGAGUGGGAGACGAUGGCCGGCGUGUGGCGUGGUCGCGUGGAGUGGAUAGAUGAGAAGGCGGUUGAGACCGACGAGACAACCCCGUCUCAUCAAUCCGACGCCAUUAACAAGCCACACGCGCAGGCCGCCAAUGGCAACAGAAGCAUAGAGCGUCUUCUCGUUGGCUGGGGUAGCUCCAUUUGGUUUAUCCACGUCCAUCCAGGGGGCCCGGGAACUGGUAAACAAGCCGGCGAAAGGACAGCAGGACGAGCAGAGAUUGCCAAAAUUCUUCGAAUGGAUUGCAUCAUUUCUGGAAUUUCAUUAUAUACCCAAAGUUUACUGCUUGUGUUGGCAUUCUGCAAACCUGACGAGGAAGACGACGAAGAAGGUUCGCAUCCGCCCGCUCGCGGCCACAAAUCAAGAUCGUCGAUCGGGUCGACAGGCAGUGGACCUUCUGGUGGGAUUCGCCGGCGACAGAAUAACCUACCGCCGGAGCUCCGAUUAAUCGACCUAAAUUCUCAGGCAGAGGUGGACAGGAACAGCCUCAACAUCAGUCGCUUUGAGCGACUCUCGGCAGCCGACUACCACUUGGGGGUCCUGCCAGCGCACACAGCAGCCUCGGCAAACGCCUCGAGGGGCGCCUUGGAGGCACUCGCUGGGUUUGGCUCGGAGGUAUGGAAUGCUGCAAUCAACCCGAGAUCGCUCUUCAGUUCGGGUGCAAGCAUACGAAGCAGAGACAGCGGUGACGAUGCCACCCCCGGAGCGAGGACGGCAAGCACCAGCGGGAUAGUACGACCAAGCACGGACGCAGUUCCAUCAGUCCAUCCAAACCUGGCCAAGCCCGGUGCAAAAAUCUUCAUCCACAGCCCUUACGAAUGCAUUCUCGGGACCAAGAGAGACUUGGCGGACCACCUGUCGUGGUUGGUGGAGCAUGAGCAGUAUCAACGGGCGUGGGAGCUCCUCGACGAGAACCCAGACAUCCUGACGACGCCACUAGAGAAGCCCGGGGACGCGGCACCGCCUACACCUUCGAAGCGGCGUAUUGGGACCGACGACUUCUUUGAUGACGAUUCUGUCACGGAAUCCAACCAAAGGAACGUAUGGUCUACCGCCGAGAAGGAGAAGCGGAGAAUAGGAGAGCUGUGGAUACAGGAGCUCGUCGAGGAAGGCGACUGGGCGGAAGCAGGACGGGUGUGCGGCAAGGUCCUCACGACUCCCGAUCGAUGGGAGAAAUGGGUGUGGACUUUCGCUGGAGCCAAGAAGUUUGACGACAUCGCCAACUCCAUCCCCUGCGAGCCUAUGCACCCACCCCUGCCAUCAACGAUAUACGAGGUGAUUCUGGGCCACUACAUGCAAGGCGACAAGCCGAGGUUCAGGGAGCUACUCGAUCGAUGGUCAACCGAACUCUUCGACGUCAAUACGGUCAGCACAACGCUGGAGAACCAGCUGAAAUACCGUGAUGUUCGCGAGGACAGUGUUGAGGACGGCGAAAAGGGUCGAGACUGGCGCAUCGUCAUGGAAAGUCUUGCCCGCCUGUACGAGGCCAGUGGGCGGAACCGGGAUGCCCUGAAAUGCUACAUCAAGCUACACGAUGCCGACUCAGCGUUCCGACUUAUUCGAGAAGGCCACCUCGCCGAGGCAGUCGCGGACGACAUCCCCAGCUUUAUUGGUCUGAGGGUCUCGCCAGAUCGAGUGGACCACAUGUCCGAGCAGGAGCUGGUGGACGCGACGUCGGAGGCGAUUACACUCCUCGUGGACGAGGCACAGCACGGGCUUGUGCGCCCAGAGGUCGUGGUGGAGCAACUACAAGCGAAGCACAUGGACCGGUACUUGUACUUUUACCUCAAAGGGCUAUGGCGUGGCGAGGGCAUCAAGGAACACAGCGGCGAGAACAUGGACCGACUGGUCCUGGACAGCCAGUCCUUGGUCGACGACUUUGCCGAUUUGGCGGUGCAUUUGUUCGCCACUUACGAACGGGCCUUGCUGAUGGGCUUCUUGAAGACAUCGACAUCGUACACAUUCGAAAAGGCCGUACAAGAGUGUGAGACGUUUGAGUACUACGACGAAUUGGUGUACCUCUAUUCCAAAACGGGCCAGAUGAAGCGAGCCCUGUUCCUCAUCAUCGACCGCUUAAACAACGUCCAGAAAGCCAUCGAGUUUGCCAAGGAACAGGACGAUCCGGAUCUGUGGGAGGAUCUGCUCAAGUACAGCAUGGACAAGCCGAGCUUCAUCCGUGCCCUUCUCGAGCAAGUCGGCACAGCCAUCAACCCCAUAACGUUGGUCCGGCGCAUACCAGAGGGGCUUGAGAUUAAGGGUCUCAGGGAGGGUCUCACGCACAUGAUGAAGGAGCACGAACUUCAGCACAGCAUCAGCUCUGGAGCGGCUCGCAUAUUGAGGAGCGAGCUCGCCUCUGCACAGAACGAGCUUCGCGCCGGACAGCGUAGGGGCAUCAAGUUUGAGGUUGUGUUGCCCGAUCUCAAGGUGCUGGAAGGUAAGGCAGCCUCCAGUGUGGGCGGAGGGCCAGCGCAGCAAGGUGCCGACGAGGGCAAAGCCGAGCCCGAUCCUCAAGCGCCGCAGCCCGGACGCUGUGCAAGCUGCCACGAGCUGUUUACGGAGUAUGAGAUGGAAACGUUACUGGGCUUUGCCUGCGGUCACGGGUUCCACGUGAGCCAUCUGUUGGAGAUGCUUCACAAAGGCAAGAGGAAACCGGACGUAGACCUAGGGCCGGACGAGGGAGAGAGGAGCAGAUACGCGGUCGGGAUGAAGGUCAUGAGAGCACGGCUGCUGAAGGAUAAGGUCCAGAGUGGCUGCCCCAUCUGCCACGACAAAGCGGCGUAG